AUGGCGCUGAACACUCUGGACGGGAGAACGCGCGAUCUCAUGUCUGCGUCGUACGCUGUACCUGAUCUCGAGACGGCGCUGAAACAAGCGAUCUACAACAGCAUUGAUGCUCAUGCGAAGGCAAUCAGGCUUUUUGUGAACGUGGCAAAUGCGUCUUUUACAGUCAUCGAUGACGGAGACGGAAUUCAGCCGGAUGACCUGCAUGAAUGUAUCGGGGAAUGCUAUGCUUCAUCGAGAGUGCCAGUGUCGAAGUGCAGUCGCAUUGAGAAGAAAUCAAACAAGAAAUAUGGUUCUCGCGGCGCCUUUCUUUAUGAACUGAUCACGCUUGCUGCUGAUGUUGAGAUUGAGAGUCGCGUUCAUGAGCACUGGACUUCUUGUCGCAAAGUCUUCAAGGAAGGAAAAGUUGUCUUUAAUGCUCGCUCAAAAGAGCUUCGCGAGACACCAGGAACUAAGGUUUUUGUAUCGAACCUGUUCAAGAAGCUCCCAGUGAGACGUAAGGAUCUAUCUCGAAACAGGAAGUAUCGAUCUCGAGUGAUCCAGAAUAUCCACAAUUUUUGUGUGAGUAUGUCGAUGAUAUGGCCAUCGCUGUCACUCGACAUUCGCUACGAAGGUGAAAACGUUCGACCAGUGACGAUUCCUGCAGUCAAGUCUUGUCUCGAAAGAUUCUACGUGGACUUCUCGUCGAAAUCAUUUUCAUUCUUGGUUCGAGGAUACCUUGCGCUCAUCCCUGCAUCAUUCGGAGGACUGGGACAAGGGAUCAAGCAAGCAAAAAGCUACUACCAGUUUAUGUUCCUUGAGAAUGAGUGGGUCGAAGAAUGUCAUCGGCUAUGCGCACAUGUGAUAACGGAAGCAGCGCUCCAGAGCGCAUCAGCCAUCCCCAUUUUCGUCUUGAAAAUUGCUGUACCAAGCGACCACUACGACAUUUCUCGAGUUGGAAAGAAGAACGAGCUGUUUUUCAAGAAUCCUGAACAGCUUCAUCAAUUUCUCUUUGAAUUCGUCGAGGGUUUGGCUGUUGCCGAGUUCAAUCAAAGUCAGGCUUGCAAGUCCGAUCCUUCAACAUCAAUUUGCAUUGGAGACCCACGCGCUGGCCAAUUGGUGCCAGUGCCUGCUUGGAAUGGAAAUACCGAACCCAGAUAUUUCACCUCUGAUUCACAAAGCUGGAUACACGAGGAGAGCACCCUGUCAAGUCAACGAGAUAGUUACAUCCAGGUGGAUAAUGUGGAUUGUGGCUUUGUUACCGAAGACGACGAGAAGCUACCGCGGGGAAGUGACUGUGAAAGUCUUUUGAGCUGGUCAAGCAUAUUUGAAGAGCACGGCGUUUUGGUUGAGCAGAGCCAUUCUGAAUGUUAUCUGGCUGAAAGUCCCAGCAGAUGCCACGUUUGCGGUCAUGUCAACGAUGCCAGUGAAAGCAGCAUCGUUGAGGUUGAUCGAAACAGCAAUGUGGAUUUUGUGACAGAUUUUGGCGCAAUGAAUACUUCGAUCUCCGAAUCAUCUGGCUCUGAUUCCAAUGAUCUCACCGUUGACAACCUAACUCAAGAAGAUAUCGCAGUCGAUAAAACAGAGCAUUGUCUGGAAGAUAUAUUUUUCUCCACCAAGCCGAGCCCAUUGUUGGUGAAGCAAAAAGUGUUAACCGACGUUGAGGAUUUUGGAGAUGUUAUGCCAUGGUUGAGCAGCAAACCCGAUGCAUACGACUGUAUAGAUUCGAUGUUGGAGUUGUUUCAGGACGGACACCACAAGAAAAGCAAGCACCACGGCAAGGACUCUGGUAACCAAGAGAAUUCAAUACAAAUUGAUGACAAUCCUCAAAGUGAUGCUCUAUCACCAAACGAUACAGCCGUGCUUGCUGGUCCAACGAGGAAGUCAGAGUAUUUUGCUGUGAGUACAGUUGAACGGCAAGCGAACAGCUUGUUGAAGCGUUGGAUUGGCUCCAAGAAAUCUUCAGUCGAAGACUUGGCUGGGGCUCUUCGAAUCGACAACUUUCACGUUCUGAAAGGUGAGCGGGAGAUCAAAGUCAGUAAAUCCACCCUCGCAAAGUUACAGGUGGUCCGCCAAGUCGAUCGAAAGUUCAUUCUCGUUCAAGCAGACACUUCUCGAGGCAAGUUGGUACUUUGUAUCGAUCAACAUGCAGCAGACGAACGCAUUCGAUUGGAACAGUUGGAGGAGGAAAUGUUUGGUCGUGAUGGAUCUCUGCGUCGGGUGGAAAUUCAAAAACACGGCCCUCCGCUUGUCUUACGGGUGAAUUUCAAAGAGCGAGAAGUGCUGAAGCAGUACGAAGGCCUCAUCAAAAGUUGGGGAUUUGACUUCGAAUCCGUCACUUCAGAGCCAGAAUUAUUUAUCAGUAUGCACAGAAAAUCUGAAUUGGAUGACAAGACUCGUGUGCUCUUGUACGCGACCCCGAAGGUGGAGAAGAGAGCCGCAAAUGCAGACGAUUUCCGGGAAUUUAUCCAGCUUUUGGCUAGUGCGGGAGAAACAUAUUCGCAUUCACAGAUUCGUCCUCCAGUGAUCACGAGAUUGUUGCAUUCACGUGCUUGCCGCAGCGCGAUCAUGUUUGGAGAUCACCUAAGUCUUGGCCAGUGCAGAGAUUUGAUCGAAGAUCUGAAAACCUGUCAGCUGCCGUUUCAAUGCGCUCACGGUCGACCUUCAGUAGUUCCGCUCGUCGAAAUUCACGGUGACGGCACCAGUAAUUAG